AUGCAGGGCCGGGCUGAUUUAUGUAAUAGGUCGGGCUGGGGGAAACACAAGGCGAACUCGAUCCUCACCUUCGCGGUCUCAUCGGUGGCGGGAUUUGAGGUACGGAGCCAAGGGCUUGCGGAGGAGAAUACAUACGGGCCUCAAGAUCUUGCACUACGAUUGCUGCGUAGCCUUUCCCCAAAUCUACUGGAAGGGGUACAGUCAGGAGAUGUCGAAGCAUCACUAGUGGAAAGGAUCUAA